AACCGUAUCCCAGUUUCCUUUUUUCCGACACUUUAGUUAACCCACUUUCUGCGCGCGUCACAGUAGGUCAGAAUUACAAUAUUCCACCACAACACAAACAUCCUCAGACUUCGACGGCUACAACUUUUCAUCUCCCCCUCCCCUCGAUAGAAAAAAAAAAAACACAGUUCAAACAAAACUUCCACCCCUGCCGUAACAUCGUCCAGUUUGAUGCGGACACCUCUCGGACUCUUUUCUCCCUUAAAAAAAAAGCUCCCCGGUCAGUCGUACUCCUGUCGGAUAAGCAACACGAUCUGCUCCCCAACUCCAUUCUCUAUUUUUGUGCUUCCUUGUGCUGCCAAGCCCCUGACGUAAUGCUCCGUGUUAAUUAUUAGCAUGUGGGAAGCGAUGCCGAGACUCUCCUCUGCUGCUUAAACAAGAGCGACUGACUGCGGGGAGAAAAACCUCGUCAAGAUGGCCAAACACACUGACCCAGAGUGAAGGGGCACCGCUGCUCCCCGUCCCGUCCCGUCCAGUCCAGUCCUGUCCUGCGACCAGCACCAAUGCAACGGCGCCUUUAGAAAAGAGAUGUUCUCUGUGGAAAAUGCCAUCGAGGCUAAAGCUGGACAGUCACUGUAUGCUGGAAGAAAGCUGAGGAACAUUUUGUAAGUGGCCAGAGGACUUGGAGAGUGCCAACAAAACAUCAAUCUCAAAAGCUUCGUACAGGGAUUCCCCCACACCAAGUGCAACUCCAAAACCCAAGAAGAAAGAUGCAAUACGUUGGUACCUACUAAUAGCAAAUAACACCUCAAAAGGGCUGUUCUUCUUAGCCAAACCUCAAGUGACAGUGAAAACGAGUGCAAUUUCUUUGGAUAAGUAAUUUCUCUGGUCAAGUCUUGGUAUCGUGAGCCUGGCCACCAGAUCAUGAUGUUUCGUGACCAGGUGGGAGUCCUCGCCGGCUGGUUUAAGGGAUGGAACGAGUGUGAACAGACUGUGGCCUUACUGUCGCUCCUCAAGCGAGUCAGUCGGACCCAAGCGCGCUUCCUUCAGCUCUGCCUGGAGCAUUCCUUGGCUGACUGCACCGAGCUGCAUGUUCUGGAAAGAGAGGCCAAUAAUCCAGUGUUGAUCAGUCAGUGGCAAAGUGAACCGAAGGAGCGGGUCAUCUCUCUAGUCCUGACCCACUUGCCUCUCCUCAAACCGGGCAACGUCGAGGCCAAAGUGGAGUACAUGAGCCUCCUGCCGAAGAUCCUGGGCCACACCAUCGAACAUGGCCGGCACUUGGAGGAAAGCAGGCAACUUUUAUCCUAUGCCCUCAUCCACCCUGCAACGUCCCUGGAUGACCGGGCUAACCUGGCCCUGUGGCUCAACCACCUGGAGGAGCGUGCAGCCGCCCGAGGAGCCUCAGACUCGCUUGAACGCCCACCGUCGUCCCACCAUGGCCAGCCUCCACACCUCUACCCACACCACCAGCGGUAUGGGUCGGACGACCGACUCAACGGCUGGCAGAGCUCCAGAGACUCCGGUCUGGGAAGCUGGCAACAGCAGCAGCAGCAGCAGGGCUGUGAAAACGGGCAUCUUUCUCUGUACCCAUCAUCCUCUGUGCCUUCCACCAUCAACGCUGUGGGUACAGGCAGUGGGACCAAUACAAUCCUGUCAGGUGGGCAGCAUAGUCCUCUGAGGCGUUCGGUGUCUCUGACCCCUCCGAUGAGCGGUGGCUCCAACCAGCCACUGGGCCACGGAUGGCUGUCCCAGGAGGACCUGCGUCCCCGCGGGCCGGCACCCGAACAUGCCCCCAUCUCCCCCCAGAGCAGCGUGGCAUCCUCGGGCAGCGGAGGCAGCGAACACCUGGAGGAACACACUGCCGGCCGGAGUACAUUCCAUGAGGAGGGCAGCGGGAUGAGGGAUGUGCCGGUGUGGCUGAAGAGUCUGCGUCUCCAUAAGUACGCUGGGCUUUUCUCCACCAUGACCUACGGUGAGAUGAUGUCACUGACGGAGCAGCAGCUGGAGGCUCAGCAAGUCACCAAAGGGGCACGACACAAGAUUAUCAUCAGUAUUCAGAAGCUGAAAGACCGGCAAAACAUGCUGCGCUGUUUGGAGAAGGAUGUUUUGGAGGGAGGGAAUCUACGUGCUCCAUUGCAGGAGCUCCACCAGAUCAUCCAGACGCCCAUUAAAGCCUGCAGCACGGAGGAGUCAUCACAGCGCCACCUGCUGAGUGCAGAAGGGAAGAGCACCAUCGCCAGCUCACAUCUGGGUGGAGGAGAGACGGAGGGAAGCUCCACGCUCAUAACUGAAGGAGACAUACCCGCUCAAUUCAUCCGCGUCAUGGGCAAAGUUUGCACACAGCUCCUCGUCUCUGGGUCGGAUGAGGAGAACAUUAGUUCCUACCUACAGCUUAUUGACAAGUGCCUAAUCCAUGAGGCCUUCACAGAGACACAGAAGAAGAGGCUGUUGUCCUGGAAGCAGCAGGUGCAGUUUCAGUUCCGGUCGAUUUCACGGAAAACUCUCCUGGAUCUAACAGGACAGAGACGGAGCAGUCGUUACGGUCAAUCAAACUCCCUCCCGACCACGGGCUGUGUAGGCAGCGGCAUCCCUACCCGGAGGAACCUGCGGCAGUAUCAAAUGCGGAGUCUGCCUGGUAUACGACCUGUCCCUUUGGGAAGCACCAGCAUGUUCGGACCAACCCCACGGAGCGGCAGCAGCACCCCGACCGGCCUGAAACAGGGCAGACAGGGUUUGUGGUUUGCUAACCCGGGGGGCAGUAACAGCAUGCCCAGCCGCACACACAGCUCUGUUCAGAGGACUCGAUCACUACCCGUCCACACCAACCCACACACCAUGGCCAUGUUCCAGCAGACAGAUCUACAGGUGCCUGUGAAUGAGCCAGACAUCAAUAACCGCUUGGAGUCUCUGUGUCUCAGCAUGACCGAACACGCUCUGGGAGAUGGUGUUGAUCGAACUUCAACCAUCUGAGGCAAGGAAAGCGGGCACACUGGGAGACACAGGCAUGCCUGACAGAAGAGGUGAACAGUCAUCAGAAGGUCACAAGCCCCUCUGUCUAUAAACUCCUCCCCUCUCCACCACCCGCUCACCAAUAGCCAAUAGGAGAGAUGGGGAGGGGUGUGGCCGACACAGUGCCAAUCACCAUUUACUGAAGGCUUAACACAAGCGAGUGCUGUCAUCAUGACUACUUCAGCGUGUUUACAUUCGAGUUUGGGAGAAAAUCAUCUUCUUCAGCACUUCUUUAGAAGGGGUCUAGUGUUGACAGGCCAUUAGAGAAGGUCCGCAAUGCAAAGGAGACAAUUCAAUGCAGUUAGGCGGCUGUCUGGAACGUCAUGAAAUCCAAAAACACACCAGCAGACCAAACCAGAUCGAGAUAUGUAGUUACAUAUUAGAUAUCUGUGCCACUGAGCAGAUGCUAAAAUAGUUUGUUUACACAUAAUACUGUCAAGAAAAUCAGAACAGUUUUUCAGGUGCGAUUUGUUGUGGACGGUGUACAGCUUUAGAUUCCUAAAAGGCUUCAUAGUUUACAGUUGUGUUCAUAUUUACUGUUUUGUUGUUCUAGUUUUCUAUUGUGCCAGCAGGAAAGCUGAUUUACAACACUACAAAGGCAGUCAGAGCUACGGAUGGUACUCGGCAGUGUGAGUGGAGAUGGGAAAGGAAGCGAUGUCAGUGGAAGUGUCUACUGAGGGAGCGGGGUGGAAUGUUGUAUGUGGAUUCUGACGUAAGAAACUGAGGUCGAGGGACAACAGGAGGUCAGAGUAAUGGAGGAGUGGAGAAAUGCCAGCAAAUGCAAGUAGAUGGAAACGUUGAGAGAGAAGAGCAGGUGAACUUGAAGGUCAGUGAUGAAGGUCCAGGCAGAAUAUAUAUGUAUAUUCAAAUGUAUUGGAUUUAUUAAGAUAUUAUAUUGAAAAUAACAUAAUUUUGUUUUAAAAAUUGCAAUAUACAAUAUAUACACUGUAAAACCCACAGUCAACUUUAUCAAAUGAAUGAGUGUAGUUAACUCAAAAUUUACUAAAAGUUAAUUCUACUCGUUUGAAAAGAGUUUUGAACUCAGUGCUGAAGGUAAUGAGUAUGACUGAAUAAUAAAGCGAGUAAUGAAUAAAGACCUCAUUACAUCAACUUAAAUGAAUUAAGUUCACAGUACUCAUAUAGAUUAGUUUCUGAACUUAAAUGGUUUGUUGCAAUCGGUUUCCUCAAACGGUUUGAGUUACCUUAACUUUUGGGUUUUACAGUGUAGUUAAAAUUUAUCUUAUAAUGUAUAAAUAUAUAAUAAGAUCAAAUAAGUUACAAUAUAAUAUAUUUGAAUAUACAUAUGUAUGGCUGAGAGCAUAAACGCAAGGUUUGGGAGAUAAAAGAGAUUUUUUUCAGAUACUGUAGGACUUUGCAGAGUUUUCUGCAUAUUCUUUGAGGGCCUGGAGAUAUAUUCAAUGUUUUAUGGAAAUGUGUUUUUAUGCAUAGAACUUUUCAUCUGUAAAUGCACCGCUGUAGGGUGAUUGUUUAUUGAUUAUGGGAAUAUCACCGCUGCGGUGUGGAUGAUUUCUGUUAUUUGGGAUAGUCUCAUGUGUGGUACACUCCUAGAAACAAGGGGAGCGAAACACUAAAUGUGUAUGAGGAGAAAACGCUAAUGCACCAGUUAUUAGUACAGAGCGCCACCUUGUGGUGAUACUGUGCAAUAGUUACCAUUAAAUGUCUAGUCUUUUUUUUUAAACAGUAUUGUCUUAAUAUCAGCCAUUAGUUAAUCAUGCCAGGUAUAUCAAGUAGAAAGUUUACAAUAAGAAAUGAGCUUUUAGUUUUGGACUCUAACAAGUGAAGAUCUGAUUUUCUGCAUGGGAAGGGUCUGAAAGAGUUUCUUUGCUUUAAAUUGUUUUAAUCUGGGGCGGAAAGUCCCUUUAUGAGGGUGUUCAGUGAUUGUUAAUGUAUCUUAUUUAGAGUUUUUUUCCUAUAAUAACUUUGCUUUUCCUGCCCUUGGUGCUGUGAAUUAUUGCUGAAACCAUCAAAAGUGAAUUUGCAAUAAUGUGCAAUAGACUCUCAUCAGCAAAAACUGUGUGAAUCCUAUGGUGGACAGGGAACUGGGGGUCUCGGCAGGAGGAACUGGACUAACAAACUCUCCCCAAAAUCCCCCAUUGCAGGACUGUUGUACCCUGCAGUCCUCAUGUAAAGGGAUGUGCCAGCCUGCAACUUUGAUGUACCCUCCCACACCUCAAGUGUUUUACACGUUUUGGCUCAUCCAAAGAAACCAGUCUUGAUUUAACGGACAGUAAAGAGGCACUUUCACAUCCGCUGAGUGGUGAACGACGCGGUUAAAUCUGCCUUAAAGAGAAAGAAUGUUGACUAUGCAGUGUGUCGGCUUCAUAAGCAAGUUGGUGCCUCCAAAUUAGUGCUUUUAAAGUGCAUGAAAUGCCUUAAACGGAAGUGUUGUUUUAAAGCAUGUUAGCAAACCAUCAUGUGGCAUCUCGUGCAUCUUGUUUAUAAAGGUGCAUUUGUUUGUGUGUAAUAAGCCACUCGUCACUGCCAUUUGAAAACAGUUAGCAAAUUCAAAUGAUUAUUUAUUCUUUUCUAUUAUUGAUGCAGAGGUUAUUCUAUUCAUUAGAUGUAUUAUUUAAGAUACCUUGUGUAUUAACAUUUGCUAUGGCUGGUAACCAUAAGUACAUCUCAGAUAACAACCUAGUUAUUUUUUGUUUGGAUGUUUUUUCCCAAUUUGCAUUCUUGUUAUCUCAAAUGACAUGCCUGAUAGUCAAAAGACAUAUCAGUUUUUUUAAUGUUGCUGUUUAUCAUUUUUCUUUCUUGUGAGUAUCUAUAAAAGUUUAUAUUUUGCUAACCUUCCCCCUGAUUUUGUAUUUUAAGGAAAUGUUUUUUUUUUAUAUGGUCACACAUGUAAGGAGAGCCAGUUUUAUUCUUUCUUUUUUUGCUGUUAUUUUGAUGCUGUUUUUCACCUCAGCUGUUACAGUGUUUAUUUGCAAAAUACAGUGUUGAGUCAUUGUGUUGGUCUUUACAGAGACACAUUAAUGGACAAUGGAGUAUGACACAAAUUGAAGUGUUCAUAUCAUAGACUAAAAAGAUGGACAACGUUUUUCCAGUUCCUUCCACUGUACAAAAGUGAAGCCAAAACGUCUCAUCUAGGGCGUUGUCAUCUUGCACUUAUGAAAUCAUUUGGAGCCAGUAGUAAUGAUGAGCUGGUAUCAAAUUCUCACCCCAAACACCCACAGAUCCAAUCACAAGCACAGAAUCAUGAAGCCACGCCCCAUUUUUAGAGCAUCAGCUAUCUAUCUAGCACUUGAAAAUAUAUCUGGGCGAUAAGAACUACCUAAAAUGUCUAAAAAAAAAACAUAAUUUCCUUUAAAGUGUAAUUUGAAGUUUUAGUUAGUCUUCGUUUACAUGGACAGGGCAGCAGGGUCUGUCUGCAGACUGCAAGACGGCCAUAACUUGAAGGGGGCGUAUCUUGUAGUACGUCAGAAGCAUAACUUAAACUUAUGGAGACCCACAUCUCAAAACUAUGUUUUCGGCAAGAUAGCGCUGUACAUCAGUUAUUAAAGUCUACACCUUCCCCAACCCUUAGCCCAACCAUCAUAGUUAUUAACAUCUACACCUUCCCCAACUCUUAACCCAACCAUCAUAGUUAUUAACAUCUACACCUUCCCCAAACCUUUACCCAACCAUCAUUUUUAUUAACGUCUACACCUUCCCCAACCCUUUACCCAACCAUCAGUUAUUAAUGUCUACACCUUCCCCAACCCUUAACCCAACCAUCAUCGUUAUUUACGUCUACACCGUCCUCAACCCAUAACCCAAUCAUUAGUUAUUAACAUCUACACCUUCCCCAACCCUAAACCCAACAAUCAGUUAUUAACAUCUACACCUUCCCCAACCCUUAACCCAACUAUCAGGUAUUAACAUCUACACCUAUCACAACCCUUAACCCAACCAUCAGUUAUUAACAUCUACACCUUCCCCAACCCUAAACCCAACAAUCAGUUAUUAACAUCUACACCUUCCCCAACCCUUUACCCAACCAUCAUUGUUAUUAAUGUCUACACCUUCCCCAACCCUUUACCCAACCAUCAUCGUUAUUAACAUCUACACCUUCCCCAACCCUUUACCCAACCAUCAUCGUUAUUAACAUCUACACCCUCCCCAAUCCUUAACCCAACCAUCAGUUAUUAACGUCUACACCUUCCCAAAACCUUAACCCAAACAUCAGUUAUUAACGUCUACACCUUCCCAAAACCUUAACCCAAACAUCAGUUAUUAACAUCUACACCUAUCACAACCCUUAACCCAAACAUCAGUUAUUAAUGUCUAUACCUUCCCCAACCAUAACCCAACCAUCAUCGUUAUUAACGUCUAUACCUACUGUACCACAACCCUUAAUCCAACCAUCAGUUAUAAACGUCUAACUGAAUGAAUAUAAUAUAUCAAAUGAACAGGUUCUGGAUAAAUUUGGAGAAAACUAAUGAAAACAUUCAAUGAAAAUGUUCUCUGGUAAGUAUUUCCGCCAUCUUGCCAACAACAUCUCGCAUGGUUCAAUUGGAUCUCGAUAACUGCAAGUUACGCCUCUAACUUACUACAAGUUGCACCCCUUUAUGUUACGCCCCGGUCUUGGAAUCCGCAGAGAUGCACUUGGGAUAAGGCGGGGUUUUCACAUGUACUGCAGUCAGCCACUGGGGGGCGACAGAAAUAUUUUGGCUUCACUAUUAAGCACGUGUGAGGCACACUCGGAUCACAUGUUGUUCACACAGCGACCUCAAAGCAAAUUGUAAUCUGUCAGUAUGAAGAAGUUUAUGGUGGUAUUAAGUUGCGUUUUGGUCAAUCCAGUCACAAGUAAACAGCAUUACUUACAGGUGUAAAUGAAGUCUAAAACUUCGACCUUCCUGAAGUAGUCGAAAAACACAUUUGACUGAUUGCUUUAGUAAUGAAAAUGCUCAUCUUUUCUAAUGCGUUCACACAGUCAGAAAGACCACCUUCUGUCUAGACAGGAUUUGGACACAAACCUACUGCAUUCGGUAUUAAGGCUGAUUUAUACUUCUGUUCUUUGUCAAGCGUACGCGUAUAGUUCGACGCAGCCUUCGCGGGGUCCCAUAACCCUUGCGUGGCUGACACUGACUCACACCUCUCAAAAAAUGUAACUACAUGUCACAACGAUGCGUAGCGCAAGCUCUGUGAUUGGUCGGCUUGGUAGCGCUGACGAGUGUGGGCGGGGCCGAGAGUGAACCCAUUGGAGCGAUUGUUUACAAGUGUUGAGUCCCGUGAAGGUGCUCCAAUUAGAAACUUUUGUUUUGUGUUUACCUUAUGAUUAGUAUGAUUAGAAGUUGUUGCACGUCUGCCGGUUCCCGCCUCUGAAUGAGCACGUUUAAGCUACUUGUACAUUAAGGUAGUGUUCAGAAAAAACAAAACACCUAUGAAAAAACUCAACACUGAGGAACAUUACAACUUCACUGCCAAAUAGGCAUGGGCCGGUAUAAGAUUCUGACAGUAUGAUAACCUUGGAUAUAAUCAUCACGGUUUCACAGUAUUGAGAUUACUGCUAUAAAAUCUAUUCUUUUUAAGUGUCUGGUAAAAAAACAAAACCUUUUUCCCUUUGAACACAAUGUACAGCAUGCAGAAGUAUAAAUGGCCAGCAACGCGCAAGGCAUCCACCGUGGGUCACAGCGAUCGCUUGACGCAGAAGUACAAACCAGCCUUUAUUUUCACUAUUUUGUCAUUCAUAUGUAAAUUGUGUGAGCAAUUUUUGCAAAUCAGGAAAGUGGACGAAAGAGAUAAGUUGUAAAUGUUUACCAGUGAUCCGAUCGACCAAAACACAUUCACAAAGUAUAAACUGGACUUAAGAGGUUUUGUGACGGCAGCCGUGCUGAAAAAUCUCCAGAUGCUGUAACAGCGUUAACACUUGCUAACUUGGUAUUUCGAAUAAAGUGAAACUAUAGCAUAUUAGCAUUGAUAAAGCCUUCAUAAGAUUGUUUUGUAAUAGGUUCUGCGCAUUAGCAUACCAUAUCUGAUGCUGAUGGAUUUUAUUUUUUUAUUUUAUCAUUACUUUGAUUUAUUGUUUUGCAUCUAUCCUGAAGGUUUUUUGUGCUUCUUCAUUAUUUCGUUUGCGUUUUAUUUUCAAGAGCCGAUGUCCUGUAUUGACUGCAGGCUGACGUAUAUGUACGUAUAUAUAAAAUAUAUAUUUUAAAAGAAUCUUAUGUUUAUGAAAUAACAAAAACCAAAUUAAAAAGCUCGAAAAAUGAAACAAAAACCAAUUAUAAAAAAAAGAGGAUGUAAUUUAUAUUUUAGAGAUGCAUGCAAGAGGCUGGAAAGUCAUAUUUGGAAUAACAAAUGGCAGUGCCUUUUUUGUAUUCACACAUUUACCCCAAAUGUAAAUGGUUUUAUAUGGCUCUAAACUACAGUAUAGAGAUAAGCAAAGACGCAUUGAUGGUCGAAACUUCAAAUCAUACAAAGUCCAAAACGACUAUAAGGCUCGGAAGAGGAGCGUGCUGGGAGUUCAUGGGAAUCUGUAUGCUUUAGGUACUUCAGUGCUGUUAUGAAGUUAUGAAUUAUAUCUGUCUGUACAACACACAGAUUGUAUAUAUUUGUUGUUUGUUUGUAUGUGUGUGUGCGCGCGAGUGUGACUGUGUAUCCAGGUGAAAAACCGGAUUGUCUUGUAACGUACUUUUAUUUUACAUAAAACACGGAUGAGGCCGCUUGUUACCUGUGAGGCAUCAUUUAGUUUUAAACAUCUUUACUAAAAUAAACAGCACUUCCGACUGUAAAAAGGGGGAUUUCUGUGUAAUAUCUCUCUCAUUUGGUUCGGGGCCUUGCGUUUGUGUGGGUGUGUGUGUGUUGUAUUGUUUGUGUAUGUGCGUGUCGCCAACUGAAUGUGUUUUAGUCUGUUUCAUUGGGUCUGUGUUCAAUGCUUGACAUCUUUGUAAUAACCACAGACGAAAAGUAUUAAAGGGUAACUUUUGAAAAAGGA